CAAACCCCUGCCUUCCAAGCAGACUAUCCAACCUGCUGAGAGAGAAGAAGCCAAGGAGCUUCUGUCGAGACCAGUCAGUCUCAAUCUUCCCCUGGCCUACUCAGCACAGCCCUAGAUAUGGACAACACAACAGGAUUCGCAGUGACCCCUGUCAAUCACAACCACACCAACAGCAGCUGUUCCCGUGACAAUGUGCUGAAGACUGUGGUUUUUCCAGUUCUCUACUCCCUCCUCUUCCUGUUGGGCCUGUCCCUCAACGGCCUGGCAGUGUGGGUGUUCUUCAGCAUCCCCAGCCGCUCCCACUUCAUCAUCUACCUCAAGAACAUUGUGGUGGCCGACGUCCUCAUGACCCUCACCUUCCCCUUCAAGGUGCUGUCUGACUCCAACAUGGCGUCCGUGGGUCUGCGUGUCUUCGUUUGUCGCGUCUCCUCGGUGCUCUUCUAUCUCACCAUGUACAUCAGCAUCCUCUUCUUUGGCCUCAUCAGCAUCGACCGCUGCAGGAAGACCCUCCAGCCCUUCAAGGGGACCAACGCGGCCCGUCUGGCCCACAGGAAGCUGCUCUCUGUGGCUAUCUGGGGCUCCCUGCUGGCCCUCUCCCUGCCCAACAUGGUCCUGACCAGCCGCAACCCCACCUCGGCCUACUUCAAGUGCAGUGAUCUGAAGACACCGGCUGGGCUGCGUUGGCACGAGGUGGUCAACCAUGUGUGUCAGUUCAUCUUCUGGGGCAACCUGGUGACAGUGAUAGUGUGUUACGCCCUCAUCACCAAAGAGCUGUAUAGUUCCUAUACCCGCACCAAGGCUGGUACUGGGCAGCGCCAACCCCGGAGGAGGAGUGUGAGUUCAAAUGUCUUCCUGGUGCUGGCUGUGUUCUUUGUGUGCUUCGUGCCGUUCCACUUCUCCCGCGUGCCAUACACCAUGAGCCAGACCAGGGGACGCCUGUUUGACUGCAACCUCAAGCUGUUCUUCUUCCAGCUGAAGGAGAGUACACUCUGGCUGUCCUCCCUCAACUCCCUCCUGGACCCUCUCAUCUACUUCUUCCUCUGUAAGUCCUUCAGGACCACCCUGUUCAAGAUGCUCCGUCUCCCACCUGGGACCUGUAGCUGGCUCACUGGGAUGGGGGUGGACCCCAACACAGGCAGUACCCCCCUGGGAGACUCCUCUGCCUGUAUGUAGCGAACUAAAACUCUUCUGGAGGACUUCUAUGUAUUGUGGUCUGAUGAAUGUUUCGCAGAGGAUCAUACUGCCCUCUCCUGGAAGGUUGAUGGAACUGAACUGUGUGUUGAUUGAAGCUCUGUCUGGGCAAUGGGAAGAAUUAAUGGAACCUUCCAAUGAGCGAGUAGAGUAGGAACUCUGCAAA